AUGAGAGAGCAGCGGUUCAUGGAGACUUACUUCGAUCAAAUCCUGUGGCGUGUUAUUGACUUUACCGCGGACGGAGAUCAGGAGGAAGUCACUAGGGAGAUCCAUGAGAAUACGAAAGCACGCAAAAGACCACAGUUUCUUGCAGAGAACGACGAGGCACAUGACGCCGAUGUCUCGCCUAUGCCAUCGCCUCGCAUUCAAGUUCACCAACCCACGUUCCCCACAGCUCACCCUCCAUCUGGGCUCCCGUCUCCGGGUCUGGUGCACAGAAAGACGUGGUCAUCUCGUUUGCCACCAAGAGAUUGGACAAAGACGGUAACAAGGCAAAUCGAGAUGCAGAGGCUCACGAUCUGGUACACGUUGGUUUUCAGAAUGAUCUGCUGGCUGACGCUUCAUGACUUUGACAAGAAGGAUGUCCAGGUACCCAAGAGUGAGCUCAUCGGUAAUCGGCAGCCUGUCUUCAUCAUGUGA